AUGGUGCUCUCCUCCGUCGCGCGUCUGUCGACGCGCUCGCUGCGCUGCUCGCGCGCCCUGGCGGCGCGUUCGCUGGCCACCGCAGCGGCCCCGUUCGACCCGCAGGUGCCGCACUACGACGUGGUGGUCGUGGGCGGCGGCCUCGUGGGCUCCGCGCUGGCCUGCCAGCUCAAGAGCAACCCGGUGUUCAAGGGCAAGAGCGUGGCGGUCAUUGAGCCGUCGGAGGCCCCCGUCGCGCCGUCCGUGGAGGAGGAUUCGGUGGACCUGCGCGUGUUCACCAUCACGCCCGCCAGCCAGAAGCUGCUGGAGAGCUGCGGCGCCUGGGACCUCGUGUCCGACGGCCACCGCUCCGUGUUCAAGGACAUGCAGGCGUGGGACGCCAUGGGCGACGGCUUCAUCCGCUUCGACGCCAAGAAGGCCGGCAAGGACGUGCUCGGCCACGUGCUGGAGCACCGCGUGCUGGUGCGCGCGCUGCACGACCGCAUGAACGCGCUGACCGCCAUCGAGGACGACAGCGCGCCGCUCAAGCUCUACUGCCCGUCCAAGGUCAAGCACUUCCAGCGCCCCACGUCCGUCUCGGGCAUCUCGGAGAUCGGCCUGGAGGACGGCCAGCGCAUGAAGGCCGACCUCGUGGUGGCCGCCGACGGCGGCAACUCCAUCAUCCGCACGCUCUCGGCGCUCGGCACGUGGGGCUGGGACUACGACCAGCAGGCCGUCGUGGCCACCGUCAAGACCGACCGCGUGAACGAGACGGCCUGGCAGCGCUUCUACCCCACGGGCCCCGUGGCGCUGCUGCCCAUGCGCGACGGCUACUCGUCGGUGGUCUGGUCGUGCUCGGCCGACAUGGCCAAGGAGCUCACGGCGCUCAGCCCCGAGGAGUUUGUGGCGCGUCUCAACGACGCCUACUCCGCCCCGUCGACGACGCCCGUCCCGCCCGAGUUCCCGGGUCUCCCGGUGCUCUCGGACCUGGUCAAGGGCGUGCACCACGCCGCCAGCACCAUCAUGUCGGCCGCUGCCCUCUCGGACCCGUUCGUCGCCCCUCCCAAGGCCGUGGCCACGGUCGGCCACCGCUUCGCCUUCCCGCUCAAGCUGAAGCACGCUACCAAGUACAUCAAGCCGGGUCUCGCUCUGGUGGGCGACUCCGCGCACACGAUCCACCCGCUGGCUGGCCAGGGCCUGAACCUUGGCCUGGGCGACGUUCAGGCGUUGAGCGAUCUGCUCGUUGAGGGCGUCAAGAGCGGCGAGAACCUCUCGAGCGAGUACUUCCUCCAGCAGUACGAGGACGAGCGUAUGAAGGCCAACAUCACCAUGCAGUUGGCCAUGGACGGCUUCAAGCGAAUGUUCGGCCCCACGCCCGACGCCGUGUCUGUGGCACGCAACGUUGGCAUGGGCUCGCUCAACGCCGUGGAGCCGCUCAAGAACCAGAUCAUGAAGUACGCCAUGGGCUUGUAG